UGCAACAGCUGAGGCGGAUCUGCAGCCUGAUUACGGCUCACAGCAGACUCCAACAUAAUUGAUGACCUAAUUGAAAACCAGGAGGAGGAGGAGAGACGGGGUGGUGGGGGGAGCUCAGGAGGAGGGAGAGAGAAAGACGCGCUCCAAUGAGGAAAAAGUUUACUUGUUCUUCCUCCGCACAGUCCCACAGCUGAGGGCAUUGAUGUGAGCGCGGAGGCUUUCAGUUUUUUACGCGCACUUCUUCCCCCCAUCUCUCACCCUCACACACGGAGCACAAAUCCACCUUCUCACCUUUAGUUUAGCGCGUGUCUGUGUUUCUUUUUUCCUUUUCCUCCUCCCUUUUAUGAAUGAUUCUCUCUCGCAGUGCUGCUGUUAAACUAUCCUCGGAUACUUCGCCGUCCUCGUCCGCACAGACUCACCUCGGCACAUCUUCUCUGCUCAAGUUCAAACGCCACCAGGACUUUCACUGCAGCUUCAGGCGCACUUGGGGGAAAUAUCACUCGACGAGGAAAAACUUGAUACUCUGUGCAGCAGCAGCAGUAGCCGACGCGACCGUCAACAUGAGUCUGAAAGCUGACGCAGAGCCGAAUAACAGCGUUUCCAUCGAGGAGGAGGUACGAACACUGUUUGUCAGUGGCCUACCGGUCGAUAUCAAGCCACGGGAACUUUACCUUCUCUUCAGACCUUUUAAAGGUUAUGAAGGGUCACUGAUUAAGUUAACAUCAAAACAGCCUGUUGGGUUUGUAACCUUUGACAGUCGGUCUGGAGCUGAAGCUGCAAAAAAUGCACUAAAUGGAAUCCGUUUUGACCCUGAAAGUCCCCAGACCCUGCGCUUAGAGUUUGCUAAAGCCAACACGAAGAUGGCAAAGAGUAAGCUGAUGGCCACACCGAACCCCACAAAUAUCCACCCUGCUCUAGGAGCACACUUCAUUGCACGGGACCCAUAUGAUCUGACUGGGGCAGCACUGAUCCCAGCGUCACCGGAUGCGUGGACUCCUUACCCUCUGUAUACCACUGAGCUGACUCCAGGCCUCCCUCACGCAGCCUUCACUUACCCAGCGGCCGCCGCUGCAGCCGCAGCCCUCCACGCCCAGGUGAGGGACCAACCGAUGCGCUGGUACCCUACUCCCUCUGAGACUUCCCAGCCUGGAUGGAAGUCCCGGCAGUUUUGUUAGAUAUUUAGCCUCUGGAAACCACACCUUUGUCCAGCUGAAGUGAGGUUUGCCAAGCUCUGCAUUAAUUUAAUCAGUUUAUUUAAUGGACAAAUGUGCAUUACUAUAAGCAAACAGUAUUUAUAUCUCCUUCCGAUUGUCUCUGGGGGAGCCUGAGUUAAGACCAGUUUGCUGUCGACAAUCUGAGCUUAUCCUUGGCAACUAUUGUGGUACCAUCUUAGCACUUCAAAAAAAAAAAAAACCUCAUGCAAAACCUUUUCAAACUCCAUGGCUCAUAAUUGCUGAGGAAAAUUGAUGCAUUGAAGUAACUGUUGUUAAGCUAGUCCUUCCCUGGGUUACCGCUGCUCCUGGGAGGUUUAGAAGCGUUAUAAGUCAUUGCAUGUUAAAGUCUUUUUGGCAUGAAUUUAGAACGCAGAGUUCUGUGUAUCCUAAUUUUCUUAGUGUAUGUGUUGCCGCUUUUCCUUGGCCUAGACAGCGAAAUGUUUUGUUUAUCUGUAGAACCUUGGUCUUACCUCUGUGAAAGCUAGGCUGUUGUGUAAAUGGCUUAUCUCGCAUGGACCUUGUGAAUGCAUCCCUAUGUUCUGACAAUCCCAGUCCUUAUGAUCAUAUCAAUGUUUGUCAUUAUUUGAGUAAAGGAAAGUACAAAUAUUUUUGUACUUUUUGCAUAAUGUAUAUUUAUGCAUUUUUGUGCAACUAAAUAAUGAUCCUGUAUAAGUUGGAUGUUUAGUCGUCUCUGGUGUUUUUGGUGUUUUUGAGCCUAUAAUCCUGUUGAAGUAGUUUUAAAGAAGAAAAAGUGCAAUUUGUUUAAAGGGGAAGUGGGUAUCUGUCAAAACAUGGAAGUAUUCUGAACAUGGCUUGUGCCAUUCUGCUAAAAUGAGAUUGCUGUAAAAUUAUCUGUCAGAAUGUGAAACUGGACUACAAACAAAGGGUUGCUUUUCGGGGGGUGGGGGCAUUUUGAAAUGGGAAGCAGGAUUAGACUGAUGGAGGAAUUUAGUUUGUGGUUUAGAACCUGUUUGUCUUUGUAUCUGCUGUGCAUAAGAUGUAAAAAAUGAUAAUCCCAUCUUAUGAAUAAAAAGUGAAUGCAUAUA